AUGGCUGACAACAAUACAACAACUGCAGAUGGUAGCAGCAGCUCCUCUCUGCGACAGGUUAAUGAGAGGGUUGUAAUAGUCCAGGUCCUGAAUGCAAUCUUUAUUUACAUCAUCUGCCUGCUCAUCUUCACCUUCUUCAAAAAGGACACCUUUCUCUCAAACACACGUUACGUCUUCUUUGCUCACACACUGCUGGUUGACUGCCUGUACCUAAUCAUGACUAAUAACUUGCUCCUCCUGACUUACUUUAGUGUCACCAUGCCAGCUGCUGUGUGUGUUGUCUUCUGUGUGUUGCUGAGUGAGUUGACCUUUGUCACCCCGCUGACACUGACGGCCAUGAGCCUGGAGCGCUAUGUGGCCAUCUGCAUGCCCCUGCGCCACGGAGAGCUCUCCACUGUACGCAGAUCCAUUCACUGCAUCUUCUUAAUCCACAGCAUCAGCGCCAUACAGCCCAUCAUAAUUGUCUCCAUCUUCUUUGCCUCAGUACCUCUGGGUUUCUACACGCAGUAUAAGCUGUGUUCAGCAGAGAUGUUUAUUGCACAGAAGUGGCAGAGACACCUUAGAUCAGUUAUAGGUCAGUUCUACUUUCUGGUCAUGUCUAUCACCAUUGUUUUCACCUAUGUUAAAAUAAUUGCAGUGGCCAAAGAAGCAUCAAACAGUAAGAAAUCUAUUUCUAAAGGUCGUAAAACUGUGAUUCUCCACGCUAUCCAGUUGUUCCUGUGUCUGAUCCAGCUGUGGUGUCCGUUCGUGGAGGCUGCCAUCCUGCCAAUUCAUUUGAAAUUGUACAAUGAUGUGAGAUUCUUUGAUUACAUUGUUUUUAUUCUGGCCCCGCGAUGUCUUUGUCCACUUGUCUAUGGCCUAAGGGAUGAAAAGUUUUUCCUUGCAUUGAAAUAUUAUGUAUUUUUUGGGUUGAAUAAGAACAUUUCUCCAAUACUUGUUGAUAACUGA